AUGUCAAGUUUGAAAUAUUUAUGGCCAUCUACAGCAUUUGUUUUAGGUAAUUCAAUGGGAUUUAAUACAUCAAAUGGGAAUACAUUUAAUUCAUCGAAUACUUCAUCAUUUUCUUCGUCUUCUUCUUCUUCAUCAUCAUCAUCAUCGUCAUCUUCGUCAUCAUUUUCAUCUGAGGUAUCACAACAUUUUAUUAGUUCAAUGAAUUCUAUUACUUCGAAUGAAUUAAUACAUUCUAUAGCUAAUUCAUCAAUGACACCAGAGAUUGUUCAAAAUUUAAAUGAUUUGAAUACUUUAAAUCAUGAUCAUCUUAAUCAAAAUGAUAGAUUUCAUCAAAUGAAUUCUUAUUCACAUAAUGAUAUUAAUAAUAAUAAUGACAAUAAUAGUAAUAUUAGUGAUAAUAAUAGUUUUACACACACACAUGAACUUCCAGAUCAACAACGACAUCUUAAAAUGGAAGAACGUGGUUCUUCCAUACUGAAUAAAAGUACUACUGUUAAUACUUCUAAUACUGGUAAUGCAACAUUAGGACGUUCUUGGUCAUGUAUAGACAAUAACGAUGAUAAUAAUCAUACAUCUUUUAUGCCUAUAACUUGCAGUCAUAGUUAUGAUGUUUCAAAGUGUCAAUGUGUUAAUGUAGUUGCUGCAGCAGCUGCUGCUAGUUAUGCACGUUCUUGUUUAUACCAUGGUGUUGCUAUGGCUGCGGCGUCAUAUAAUAAUUUCGAUCCUUGUACAAGAACAAUAACUACAACUAGUUUAACGAAUUCACUUAGUACAUUGAAUAGUUCUACUAAUAUAUCAAAUAUGAACUCAUUAUAUCCAAAAUCAUUUUGUAUUUCAACAUCAUUAUCCUCAUCAUCAUCUUCAACAUUACCAUCUUCAUUAAUGCCAGCCUAUCAUUCAAUUCAAAAUUCACGUGAUUAUCAUCAUCAAAAUCAUCAUUCAUUUUCAUUUCCUGUAAUGCAACAAACAAAUUCAAUGUUUUUACAACCUCCGCCACCACCACCAUCUUGUCAACAAUCAACCAUGUUUGAUUUUAAUGCAUUAAAUCCAUAUCCUUACUCAAAUUAUCAUCAACAUAUUGGGAAUUCAAAUUCAAAUGUAGUGUUGGCUGCAGCAGCUGCACAUAAACAUGUGCAAUACUUUCAGGGUAUUUACUCACGUACUAAAUCGAAUAAAGCUAAAGGACAUGGUGGAAUAAAUCAACUUGGAGGUGUUUUUGUCAAUGGACGUCCAUUACCAAAUCAAGUUAGACAACAAAUAGUUCAACUGGCCAAUCAAAACGUACGACCUUGUGAUAUUAGUAGACAAUUAAGAGUUUCACAUGGUUGUGUUAGCAAAAUUUUAGGACGGUAUUAUGAAACUGGAAGUAUACGGCCUGGAGUUAUUGGUGGCUCAAAGCCAAAAGUUGCUACGGCUUCCGUUGUUGAAGCUAUUUGCAAAUAUAAAGAAGAUAAUCCAACUAUGUUUGCAUGGGAAAUACGUGAUCGUCUAUUAAAGGAUCAAAUAUGUACAGUAGAAAAUGUACCAUCUGUAUCAUCAAUUAAUCGUAUUGUUAGAAAUAAGGAUAAUCAAACUACAAUGGAACCACAUAAUGUAUUAUCUAGAAAACGUGGUCAUCGUCAAAUUCAUAAUAAUUCACCAACAAAUAAAACUCAAUUAAGUCAAGAUUCAAAUUAUCAUGAUUCACCUGCAACAACACCUUUAAGUCUUCAAACUGAUUCUUCACCAAAAUCGAUUAAACUAUGUGAUUUUGGACAAGAAAAUUAUUUAAAUCAUAGUCCAAUAACAUUGCCAGUUGUUAGAGGCAGAUCAACAUCAUCAACAGGAACUCUAAUAAUAACAACAACAACAACACCAGCAACAACAAAAUCCAAUACAUCAGCUCAUUCAAUAAGAUCAUCAUUUAAACAAUUAAUGUUUACAGAUAAAACAACUUCGAAUCUUCUAAACUCUGACAUAAAACGUUUUCAUCAUUCUUCGACAAUGUCUAAUGGUUCAAUCAAUGGAAGGAUUUAUGACAAUACUAAUUAUCCAGAAGUUUCUUAUUCAUUUCCUAAUAAUGAUAAUAUGAAUAACACCCCUAAUUCUUUACAAUAUUCUCAAUUUACACCCUAUUUGAAUCGAAAUUAUGAUGAAACUAUUGAACAUUUAAAUCAAGCGGCAAAUUCAAACUUAUCCAAUGUGACCUCGUCAGAAUUCGGUGAACCUUUUAAAAAUCAAUUAAAUCAUUUAAAUUUUAGACUCAUUGAAGGAAAACCAAAUGAAGGAAUAGAUGAAAUAGAAGAUAGAAAUUAUUUAACUACUUUUAAUAAAACUAUGAUUACUACUAAUACUACUAAUGAUGAUGAUAAAAGUAGUACAUUACCAAAUGAUAUAUCUAAUAAAUUAAAUAUGAGUUUUAUGAAUGAUGAAAGAUCAUUACAUAAUUAUCAUAUAAAUGAUGAAUAUAUUCAACGUUCCAUGUAUAAUCGAUUACCAUCCACAGAUAAUGAGGAGUUAUCAAUGAUUAGAAAUUCAUAUUUAUAUCCUUCAUUAAUGAAUAUAAAUAAUACUAAUGAUUAUAAUACUACUAAUAAUGAUAAUAAUAGUAGUAUUAGUAGUAUUAAUAGUAGUACCACAAAUUAUUUAGUACAUAAAUCUAUAAGUAAACAACCUUUAUCAAAUAUAAAUACAUUGGGGGAUUUAACAUGUUUCAAUAAUAACUCUAAUCAUAUUGGUUUAUCAACUGAUUAUAGUAUAACUGGAUUAUUAGGUUUAACAAUGGCGGCAUCAAAUGGUUUUAAUACAUUAUAUGGAAAUGGUUAUACAUUGAAUGGGAAGAAUAAGAACUUAAAUUUAUUGAUUAAUGAUACACUUGAAAAUUUUCAUCUCCAACAACAAGAAGAAGAAGAAAGUGAACAACAAGGUCAUUUAAAUUUUCAUUUAACACAUCAACAAAAUACAACUUCACAACAUCCAUCAUCCCUUUCACACCUUCAGCAUCAGCAUCAUCCUCAUCAUGAUCAUCAUCUUCAUCAUCGUGCUAAUAAUCAUAUAGAUGAUCUAGAGAAGCAUUCUGACUAUGUACAACAACAUCAGAAUUUUCUUUCAUAUAAAUUAUCUCAGACUUUGAAUGUACAUAAUGGAAGUGAAAAUCAAAUUGAUGAAAAGAAUCAACUAGAUAUCACAGAGUGUUCAACAUUUAGACCAGAAAUUUUCAAAAAUUAUGAUCGAUUGAUAAUGAAUAAUAAUAAUAAUACAUCACAUAGAAAUGAUAUGAAUGAAAUAGUAGAAACAUUAUCCAUUUCAACAUCAGCAUCGGUAUCGUCAUCAUCGUCGUCUACUUCAAUACCGAUAAUAACGACAACAGUAGUAGAGAAAACAACUACAGUAAUGACAGAUGUAAUAUCACAACCACAAUUGUCUACAUCGUCAUCAUCAUCAUCAUCAUCAUCAUCAUCGUUGAAAUUAAUCUCAAGUACACCAAUUCAUAAAAACAAAUUGUUAGGAAAAGAGCACUUCAGUAUGCAUCGUAAAAGUAGAUUACAGAAUUUUGAUAUGAAAUGUACAGAUACUACAAAGUUAAUAACAAAUUGUUCUUCAAUACCUACAGUAGAUCAUGAUUCAUCAACAAUAAUGAAGAACUCUAUUGAACAUAUUGACAAUUCUACAAUAAAUGAAAGUAAAGAUGAACUAUAUAAUUCAUCAACAUCAUUUUCAUCAUCUUCAUCUCCAUCAUUCUCCACAUUCAAUCAUAAUGAAUCUGGAAUAUCAUUUAUAUUGCAAACAAAUUCAAAUCUUCAUAGUAAAUACUUAAAUCGUUUAUCAAACAGAACUUCUACAAUAAGUGAUUCAUUCAAUUUUAUAGAUUCAGCAUUAGAUAUUAAAUCUUUAUCAAAUAUAAAUCAAAAUAUUAAUCAAACAAGAAUAUCAAAAUUUCCUGGAACUGAAUUAAUGACAAAAAUCCCAUGUAAUGAUACAAGUACAAUAUAUGGUCAUAUUGAACAAGAUUGUCUAUUGAAUAAUGAACCUGUAUUUAAUAAAGAUAGAUUCCAGUCAAAUAAUGAUUUAUCUAGAACAUAUAUGUCAUAUUUUACACCUUCUUCGUCUUCUUCUUCUUCUUCACCCCCUUUUCAAUCGUCUCAUUUAACAACUAAUCUAUCAGAAGUUACUACAGAUAUUGUUAAAUUUCCAUUUUAUUUAAUGUCUGAAAAAGCAAACAAUUCAUACUAUACACAAACAUAUACUAAUUUAGAUUUGAAUGAAACAGAUUUUAUAACAACAGAAUUUUUUUCUAGAUCAUUACCAGAUAGAAUUAAUAUACAUCGAAAUGAAAUAAAUGAUGAAGAGAAUAGUACAAAUAAUAUUUCAUCAAAUCAUUGUAGAGAUACACCAGAAUUUCCAACACAAUAUUCAUUAAUCUGA